ACAACUUGACAAAUUAUCAUUUCCGGUGUAGGUAAAAAUAGGCGGCAGAGACGUCUACAGGAAGCUUUUAAAAGGUCAGCGUCUACCUCUAGGAAAGUUAAGACGGCUCGUCUAAAUAUGGAGCAGGUUGUAGUUGAAGGAAGUGAAAUAGAAGAAACAGUUCUGAAAGAUUCACUGUUGCAUGAAAUUGAUGCACUGCUUUUGAAGUUACUCGAGCAUGGAGAGGAAAGUUUCUUAAUAACUGCAAAUACAACUACCAUUCAUGUAAUUGGAUCAAACAAAGGGAAAAGUUUUCUCUCACAAAACCAAGAAUUGGCGAUGAAAUUUCACAAUUUCUGCUAUGAUGACGUGGUUGAAAACAAAGCUGAUCAGAAUACAUCAGAGGAGUGCAAGUCGCACAGUGAAGCAGCAGCUGCUGAUGUGAAACUGCAAGACAGCAUGUCAGAGACCCCAGUUUCUAGUUCUGACAGUAAACGUGGAGAAAAGUCCAAAGGCCCUGACCUAGAUGUACACAGGAGAAGAAGGGGGAGACCACCGAAAGUUGCAAAGAAAGCUGAUAAGCAGAGAAAUGACAGUAGUGUAGAUUCUGAGGAAGAGAGAGUAGAAACCAAAGACAGAAAUGCAAAUGCUGAUGAUUCUAGAGAAACGGAAUGUGAAGUGUCAAGAAGUGGAAGAAGAAUCAAAAGGAAGACUUUUGAAUCACUUGGAUAUGUUUCACAAGAAAAGAAAAAGAGGAAAAGCACCUUUAGUCCAGAUGAAGACACAAGUGAUGCUUCUAUCAAGUCACCGUCGAAAACAAUUGGCCCUAGCUCUAAAACUUUAAAACGCACAAAAACUGAGGGAAAGAUAGAAGAAACUAAAAAGUCUCGGAAUGCAGAAAAUGAUAAUGAAAUGCCACAGAAUGAAGAGAAAAAAGGAAAAUUAGAUUCUCCUGACACUGAACAGUCAGAGGAAAUAAGGGCUACACCUGGGAAGAAAAGGGGCCAUCACCUCUGUCAGACUUGUGGUGAGAAAUUUCCAACCCAGGAAAUGAUCGAGAAUCAUCUUCGAUUGAAACACCCAGAUGUGUGGACAAAAAUAUUGGAGGAAGAGACAGACAUUUUGGUGUCUUUGGGUAAAAAGGAUUCUGUGUCAGAGGGAUCGGUAUGUGCUAAUAAAACGAGGAGUCUAGGAAAGAAGAAAAGUGCAUCUGAAUUGAAGGAGGAAGAAAUUCUUGUUGACUGUGGGGAAUGUGAAGCAAAGUUCAAAACCACAAGGAGUUUAGAAAGACAUGUUAAACUUAUGCACAGAGAUAAAACACCAACUCUGAGAAAACCUGUAGCUGAUAUGAAUGAAGAAAAAGACAAUCCAGAUGAAAAAAAGAUGGAGAAUGACAGUGAAAAUGAAGAAAUCAAAGAAGGAGACUCAGUUCCAAAGAAAAAGAAUGUAAAUUUUAUUCCAUGGUCAAUGAUGAUGAAAGUCACUGAGAAAACAUACGAGAAGCACGAGAACUUUGUCACAGGAUCGGAAUUUCAGUGCUACUCUUGUGAGGACAAUUUUGAAAGUAUUGCCUUGUUAAUCAUGCACAUGAAAGAAACAAAACAUGAUGGUUUACAGGAAAGCGCAAGGGAGAGAAAAAGAGAGAUCAUUACAGUUAAAAAGAAGAAGAGUCCAACUGUCUACAAAUGUAGUCUUUGCAGAGUAGAAUACUUCAUAAAGGAAAACUGUAUGCAACAUGUCGAAGACAACAACUGCAAACCCAUGUGGAAGAAAACUUGUCCUAUGAAAAAUUGUGAUCUUAGCUUUGAUAACAACAACUUUUUCAUGAAUCAUAUGAAGACUUUUCACAAUUCUGAUUACCCGUUUUUCUGUCCUAACUGCAACAAAUCCUUCUUGCGAAUCCGAGAGUAUGAGAGUCACUGUAACUAUCACAAGCGAAUAAAUAACAGCUUGGUGAACCCCAGCUUGCCAGUCAUGUGCAAUGAAUGUGGAUUACGCUUUCACACAAACUUUGAGAUGAACAAUCACAAACUUGAGGUUCAUGAAUCUAACAAGAAAUUCAUUUGCGAGACUUGUGGCAGGAAGUUUAGAAGGGAGGACAAUAUGAAACUCCACCUCAAGACCCACCAGAAAAGAGAAGAAAAUCCAGAAUUCCAGUGUAAAACAUGUAAAAAGUAUCUGUCUUCAAAGGACAGUUUGAAAUUGCAUGUCAAGUUUAUGCACUCAGAGGAGAAACCAUGUGUUUGUGAAAUUUGUGGGCAUAGAACAAGGCAGAUGGGCAGCUUAAGGCACCAUAUGAAAGUCAGGCAUUCAGAUGAUCGGCCUUAUCAUUGUGAAUGGGAAGGAUGCAAUAAGACUUUUAAAAUCUACCAAGUAUGGCAGUCUCAUUCACAAACUCAUGCUCUGGCUACAGGUGACAUAGACAAAGCCAAAACAUUUGGAAGACUUCAGUUUUGUAAGGUUUGCGAACAACAUUUUCCUUGCAGGACUGACAUGAACAACCACAUGUUGAUUCACUCCACGGAAAAAACCAUUCAGUGUGAUAUUUGUCACGCCACUGUCAAAAGGUGGGGAAGUUUAAAACGCCACAUGAUGAAUGUUCAUAAUAAACUAAUAACUGGAGGACUCUCAGCCAUGCAGACACAGGACGGGUAUUAUCCUCGUAUAAAACCCCAGAAAAGGGUCAUCACCAUUCGGAAACCUCGAGCUUAUUGCCAACCUGCUAAAACACAAGUUAACAGCUCAACAAGUGACAUACCUAAAACACAAGUUCACAGCUCAACAGGUGACAUACCAGAAAUCACCAUAAUAAAGCGAGAAAGUGCAUCUGUACAACCAGCAGAAGCAGAAGGGGAAUAUUACACAGAGAGCACUUAUGAAUUACAGCACUCUGAAGCGCAGGAGAAGCUUCUGCAGAUUCUAGCAGAGGCUAGUUCUGACAUCACAAAAUUGGAGGAGACAAGUUCUGCAAGCAACCCAACAGAGAGAGACUUUGCAACAGAAGCAGACUCCCAAGCAGAGAUAUUGGAGGGGGUGAAGGAAUAUCAUAUAGAAGAAGCCACAAAUGAGGUGUGUUUGGACAGCACAGGAGAACAGGUGAUCUAUCUGAAUUCUGUGCCAAGUGACAUCAUCUCAACAAACAAUGCAGGUGGAGUGAUUUAUGCAGUAAGAAAUAGCGAUGGAAGCUUGUCUUUGCAGAUAGCACCAGAAAAUAGUUGAUAUGCUUUGUGGAAGACAUAGUAGAAACAUUGGUCUAAAAUAUUUAGAAAAUUGAUAACCUAUAGAUUUUAGCUCACCUGAGCUAUAAGCUCAAGUGAGCUUUUCUGAUCACCUGCUGUCUGUCAUCCGUCUGUCUGUAAUCUUUCCACAUUUUUGACUUCUCCAGAACCCACAGACCCAUUUUCAACCAAACUUGUUAUGAAGCAUCAUUGCGUAAAGGGGAUUCAAAAUUGUUCUAAUGAAAGCCACACCACUUUCAACAACAAAACAAACUAAGUAUGAGAAAACUUGUCUGGUUAUCAAAAAUGUUUGUAGUUCUUUUCAAGCAAUUUAUUUAUUUAUUCUUUUGAUAAGUAUGGCAGUGAUAGCGACAUUUUUUCAGAGCACGUUGGGUAAUUAUCAUCAUUUUUCAGCUGCUGAAGAGCAACUCACGUGACUCAUGCGAAGUCAUUGGAGCAAGCUUUGCGAUGUGAUCGUUGCUUGCUAAUAUGUUUUACGGCGUGACCAUGUUUGAGGGCGAAGCAAAAAAAUUUUGGCAUUAGUAUCUAUAUCCAAAACAGAACAAAAACAACCCGAAGUUAGCAGGAUUUGAUCCGCCUAUAUAUUGAACGCGGGAAAUAUAACGCAAAUGAUGUAAACAGUACAUUGUGACGUCAUAUUCAGCGUCGUAUUUUAGCAAAUUUACAAACAUAGCGUCUGAACCACAACAACAAACAUGGCGUUAAUGGUGGAGUGAUUAUAUAUGAUUAAAAAAAUAAGAUUUACGUGCUUUUAUGAAUUUUUGUAACAUCUCAGAACGACGUGAACUAGGGUAGACGAGAUUCAAAAUGGAGAAACACAUGUCCACGCGAUAGUAUUCGAAUUGACGCCAUUAGUACCAAAAUUUUCAAGUUCCAUAGGUAGGGUUUAAUUUUUCAUUGUUUUCCUAUAUUUUCCUUUUAAACAUGUAUAUACAUGUUACCUAUAGGGAGAGCUCCGCUCUCACGGCCCUUCGGGCCGUGAGAGGGCUUCGCCCUCUAUUAAUAUGCGAGCAUCAUCAGGUAAAUUUGCUCCUAUCAUGACCCGGAAGGAUGUGGCCACAAUAGGGGAACAAAGUUUAUAUUAGACUUGACAUUUUUGGCAUCUUCGUCAGAACCCACUGACCCAAUUUCAACCAAGCUUGUCAUGAAGCAUCAUUGGGGAAAGAGGAUUCAAAUGAAGGGGAAAAUCAUAUUCUUAAAAGCAGCAGGUCCAGGAUUAGUCGCAUCAAUAUGCAAGCAUCCUCAGGUAGUGCAGAAUGUAGUUUCUUCUAUGCCCUGGGGGUAGGUUUAGGCCACAGUAUAGAUUCCAUUUAUGGACCAUAGGGUUAGGAUGGGGCUAGAAUUGGGAAUAAAAUUUUACGUGAUAUGUGGAUAUAGGGUAUUCCUAUGUUGUGUGGAUUCAAGUUGGGUUAGAUCAUAACCUUGUUUGGCAUAGGUGGGGUCAUGAUAUGAGUUCAAAAUUUUUCAUAGGUGUAAAGUGUUAAAAAUAAAAAAAAAUUUGGGAAAUCUUCAGAAGAGUAGAACCAGGAUGACUCAGGUGAGCGUUGUGGCCCGUGGGCCUCUUGUUGGUUCUGUAAUAUCAGUAAUACCAAUCAUGUAUGUUAAUAUCCACUUGCAGCAGAAUUGUGGUGGGAAACGGUAUUCAUUUAUGUGUAACAUGCUCAUUUGUUUGUGAACUCGUUCACGUUCAUGUUUGUGGGUUCAGUCUUGAGUACAAGAUUUAACUACAGGUGUUAAUCAUCGGUUACUAUUGGUUUUUGAGAUUAAAGGUUAAGGUUAUUUGAAGGAAAAUUAUGACACAAUUUAAGCUACAUUUAUUGUUAAGUCUUAUCAGACUGUCAGGAAUGGUACUUAAUAAAAAGACCUCAGUUCCUGUUGGUUUUUUAGGCUACAGUUGAUGGGUCAAGGUCAUUAGAUGCAUGCUAUAGCAGGUCUACACAUUGGGGACUUGCCCUCUUCAAUUAUUCUAUUGUUUUCAAGUUAAUAGAUGAAAAUGAUGACCGGAAGGGGCAUUCUAAAUUUUUUUGGUGCUUGAUUACAGCAGCAACUUUAAUCAAAACUUUGUAAUUUGAGCAAAAAUAUUUGUUCCUAGUAUAAAGACUACAUGUAGUUGUACUUAGUAUAAAGAUCUUAGUAUUGAUAUUGGUUUUCAAAUUUACAAGUGUUAAGUCAAGUCACUGGAUGGAAAUUCCAGGAUUUCUUUGAAACUUUCAUUAUUUCCUAUUGAUUUCAGGGUUUCAUAUUUUAAAGAGUAAAGGACACUGAAAGGAAAUGUCAAAAUUCUCAGCAAAAUAUAUAUGUAAAUGUUGGUUAGGCCAUGCCAAUUUGUAAUCUAGUUCGUCGGAUUCGCCGCUUCUAUUUGCAACAAAUCCAAAUUAUAAUAUUAUCAAAAAAUAAUAUCCGCCCGCGUGUUCAAAAAUAUCCGUAAAUAUUUUUUUAGUUUUUACAACAAGCGCACAAAUAACCUUGAUGUAUAUGCUGACAAAUGACAGAAGCGCGGGCUCUUGAGAAAUUUCCUAACAGUGUAAUACGGUUAAGUUAUUCAUGAUGUCUAUCUUAAUAUGUACGAUACUUCAAAACACUGGAUUGGAAGUUGUUCCUUAUGCUGGAACCGAACUGGAAGCCGAUGAAACUUUUGAAGCACUAUUCGAUGCCACUAUUUAGAGAACAUUGAUAGCGUAUGACUGAUUGUUUGAUUAGCCUAUAUAUUGACUGAAGUAUCUCUUGAGAAUAUUUCACUCACAUGAAGAUGUUACCAUUGCCGGUGAAGGGCUGCAAAAUUUAGGCCUAUGCUCAGCGCUUAUGGCACUGAGGGAUCUUUAUCGUGCUACACCUGCUGUGACAAGGAUCUCAGUUUCUGCAGUCCUAUCUGAAGGACCGCCCCAUUUAUUUGCCUCUUACAACAAGCAAGGGGUACUGAUCGAUGACUAUUUUAAACCGGACCGACAGUUAACGACAAAUUCACAAAAAGUUUGGUGAUGUCAUAUCAAAAUUCAAGAAAAUGCUCAAAGCGAUGCAAUGGAUAUUGCAUUUGCAAUGAAUGUCAAAACUGGAUGUGUCCCUAGCAAUAUGCAUAUCUCUGAAUCGAAAGUUUGUAGAAAUGAAACUUAAAUAAAAUUCUUCAAAAAGACCUUAUCAGUUAAUGUUGCAAAGUACAUGUAUUAUGUAUAAAGAAAAUAAGUCUUUGAAACCUGAAAUACAUCUUAUUUAUUGUAAACUAUAUCAACAAAGUUGAAAAAUAUUAAGUUUAUGUGGUAAAACAAAUGAUAUCUGAUGAUUUUAGAUCUUUAUUUUUAGGCACCCGCUUUUUAAAAUCACACUUAAUUCAAUUAAAAAUAUUUAUAUUUCUUGUAUUCGCUCGCCUCAUAAUUUUUAUCUCCAAAAUUAAAAAUAAUAUUUGUAAAAUAAUUUCGCCCUCUCGCCUCACUUUUUUUGUUUGAAAAUCCGAAGAACUAUUUUACAAAUUGGUGUGGCCUUAUUAAAUUUUUAUCAAAUUUUCAGAAAUUUGAGUCCAUCAAAGAUUUGUAUCCUCUUGAUUUACAAGGUCACUGGAAAGGAAUUUUAAUUUUCUUCUAGUUUUUAUUGUGUUUUAGCUCACCUGAGCUGAAAGCUUAAGUGAGCUUUUCUAAUCACAUUUUGUCCAGUGUCCAUCUGUUUGUCCAUCCAUAAUCAACUUCUCGGCUAAUUUCAGCCAGAUUUGCCACAAUUGUGCUUGAGUAAAGAGGAUUCAAGUUUGUUCAAAUGAAAGGAUCAAGUCAGGGUAACCAAAGAAAAGACCUAUAGGGGAGACAAUUCAGGGUAACCAAAGAAAAGACCAAUAGGGGUGAACAAUCUUCCAUAAAAACUCAUUCUUAUAUCAACUUUCAUUGGGGUUUCUUUGCCGUAUAUGUUUGAAUUUUUAUGCCCCCCUUUGAAAAAGAGGGGGCAUAUUGUUUUGCACCUGUCGGUAGGUUGGUCGGUCUGUAGACCAUGUGUUGUCCGCUCAAUAUCUUGAGAACCAUUCACUUGAUGAUAAUGAUAUUUCAUAUGUGGGUUAGUUAUGAGUAGAAGAGGAUCCCUAUUGUUUUUCAGGUCCAAAGGUCAAGGGUCAAUCUACUCUGGACAUAGGAAUAUAAUGUCCGCUCAAUAUCUUGAGAACCCUUUGCUUGAAAGACAUCAAACUUGGCACACUGGUACAUCCUAAGGAGUAGAUGACCCCUAUUGAUUUUGAGGUCACAUGGUCAAAGGUCAAACUUGACAUGGGAAUAUACUGUCUGCUCAGUAUCUUGAGAAUCCUUUUUUUGACAGACAUCAAACUUGGUACACUGAUACGACUUCAGGAGAAGAUGACCACUAUUGAUUUUGAGGUCACAUGGUCAAAGGUCAAGGGUCACACUAAACAGGAAUAUACUGUCCGUUCAAUAUUUUGAGAACCCUUCGCUUGACAGACAUCAAACUUGGUACACUGGUACAUCUUCAGGAGAAAAUUACCCCUAUUUAUUUUGAGGUCACAUGUUUAAAGGUCAAGGGUCAAACUGGACAUAGGAAUAUACUGUCCGUUCAAUAUCUUGAGAACCCUUUGCUUGACAGACAUCAAACGUGGUACACUGGUACAUCUUCAGGAGUUGAUGACCCCUAUUGAUUUUUAGGUCACAUGGUCAAUCCACUCUUGACAUAGGAAGAUAUUGUCUGCUCAAUAUUUUGAAUUGAUGAUACUACUCUCAAUUAAAUGAUGUGUGUGUGUAUAAUCCUUUUUAAUUUUGCACCAUGGGGGGCAUAUGUGUUUUACAAACAUCUCUUGUUCAAAUUUACAGUUUGAACCUAAAAUUCAAUAUUUGCGAUGCUGAAAUCAACCAUCAAAUAUGACAUAAACAGUGUAUAAGAUUAAAGAUUUUGGCUUGAAUUUGGCCUUAAAAUCCUUCAGAGUAGGCUUGUCCCUAAAUGAAAUUAUGAUGUUGGACCUGCUUUUAAGAAAACCUAACCUAAUAUCUCGUGAAUUAUUUCAGGUAUAGCUGUUAUAUUUUGUAAAUGGAUUUCUUAUGGCAAGACCUUUUAUUUCAUACCAUGAUUUGUGACCUUGACCUUCUCCAGAGCAGCAAGAUCAUAUUGGUAUUGAGGCAUCCCCAUAUUGUGUGAAUUUAAGUUCAGUUAUGUUAUGACACUUUAGAGCUAGAUUGGAACCACAAUAUGGGGUCAGAAAUUUUCAUGGACAAAAAGAAAAUCUGUUAAAAAUCACAACAGCGAUAAGCAGGGUUAAGGUGAGCAAUGUGUCCCAUGAGUCUCUUGUUUGCAUUCCAUUUCAAAUGCACUGACAUAGAUACUAGGCUAUCUUACGCCAAUACUUUGGUUUGUACUGAUCGAUAUCCCGCGCGAUUUUCAAUGUUAAAUAUAAAAGGCAAGGUUCAUUGGAUUGGGAAUUCCAAAGCCCCUUGUGUUCAGGACUUCUAUGUGUGUUCUGAUUUCAAUUGCACUUGGAUGAAUGCCAUCUUCAGGAUGUUCUGCUUUGCAAAGACUUUGUUAUUUACACAAUGUAACCAGGCCUGGUGCACUGCAGUUCUCCUUAUUCCCAUGUCAGUGGCCCAUCUUUAAUUUCUAAUUUUUGUUGAAUGUCUUAUAGUUAUUGUAUUGAUGGUCAAAAGGUAUCCGUAAUGAUUUUAAUAUUUGUAUUCACAAUGUAUGUUUAAAUCUUGUUGGAUACUUUUACCCUUUUUAAAGUUUAAUUUUGUAAAAUUCAGUUUUGAAUUAUUUUGGAAAACAAGGACUGAUAUAAGAUUUUUUUUCUUUAUGGUUAUGAAAGACCCAUCAGACACAGGUUUCCUUUUAAUGUUGAAUUAAUUCAUUAAAUUCUGUAUAUGUACAUCAGUUUCUUAUUUAAUUCAUUAAAUUCUGUAUAUGUACAUCAGUUUCUUAUUUUAAAAUCAUAUUAGAUCAAAUAAACUUGAUGAAAUUGAAUGUAUAAUGAAACUGUAUAUAAAAUUUGUAUGAAAGUGUU